UAAUAAUUCUUUUUUCAUCCGGUAUAUAUAAUCCAUUUUAACUUCUGCGAAUUUCCAGAGAAGUCCGUAAUCUGAUCUGCAACGUCAUCGUCUCUGCCUCCGAGCUCCCCUGGAUCUCGCCCGAUUCCAAUUCCGUGAGUACUGAUUACAAUCCCUGCCUUCGUUUCUUUCUUCGUCUUUCUUCAGUGCAAAGCGAUUCCGUUUUUCACUUCCCGGAAGACCCUCUACUCCGGCGAUGGCAGAUAACGAGGAAGGCGGGGAGAAUGCCUCUCGAGGGAACGAGUGGGAAGUUGUUUCACUCACAGCUUCGACAUAUGCAGCUGCCCCGGGCCCAACAGAAGUUGAAUUGAAGGAUGAUGAUAAUGAUGGCGACGCUAAUCAGGUGUAUAAGGCCGAGACUUCUCAUGCUUUGUUCAUGUCUGAACACUUUGUCUUCCCGCCCAGCCAGCAUGAGAAUUUGCCUCUGGAGCCUGAACACAGUGAGAUUGUGGAUGAUGUUACUAGUAAGAAUUUGGGCUCUGGAUAUCAUGCUGAAGAAGGAAACGUCUCCGGUGGGAAGGAUGAUGAGAAUUGGCCAUUGAAGGGGCUAAAUGUCUCUGAAGAUUUUCCAGGGGCGCAGUUCUUUGACACUGGCAGUAAUCAGCUUUUGAUCUCGGGUAAAGAGUUUGAAGAGAGUGCAGCACUGCCAGAGUUGCAUCUAUCGGGCAAAGAAGAAAGUAUAUAUAGUACAGCUGCCUUUAGUUCUUUGCACAGUGAGACAGGCCUAGGUGGUUCUACUGUAUAUGGCGGCAUUCAUGAAAUAAAUGAAUCUGUUGAUCAGGUUUCACAUCUUCCUGCGGACAGGUCUCACUCUCCAGAGCAUGCUAAAGAUGGUCAAUAUGAGCGGCCUAAAGAAGCACUACCAUGUGAAGCUUGGUGGAAAAGAAGGGCUCUUUCUGUGUAUGGUCAUGCCAAAGAGGCAAAUACAUUUUGGUCUGUUUUUGUUGCUGCAGCUGUUAUGGGGCUUGUGAUUCUUGGCCAGAGGUGGCAACAAGAAAGGUGGCAGGUUCUGCAACUUAAGUGGCAGGCUACCCUCAGCAGUAGCUCGCCGGAUACAUAUUACUCAAGUAUGGGAUACAUAGAGCCUAUUCCUGUCUUUUUUCCUGAAUAUACAGAAGAAGAUCUUCGCCAACUACUGAUAAGGAAUCAAGCAAACCAGAAGCUGUACGGCUGUUUUCUUGACAUUGUACUCAGGCCAUUCAGUAGAGUAACUAGACGACUUGAUGAAUUAAGCACAGUCUUUUCAUCUUUGUUUCAAAAGUAUUGUGAACCACUGAGCGAUACGAGUUCGUUUCCCAAUGAUGAGAUGAAGAGAAGAUUGUUUAGUCACUUCCGGCCUUACAUUUCCCCUGCUUUGAAUGAGAUAUUUUGGGGGCCAUCGCAGUGUUUAUCUGGAAUUGAAUCUGGGAAGGUUACUAGGCACGAGAUUGGUUUCCAUAUGUCCACUGCUGCAAAGUAUCUUCUUAUCUCAGCUUUCCUUGCUUCAAGAAAUCCGGCUACCCUGGAUGCAUCUUUGUUUGACUCCACUGGCGGUUCAGAUAAUCGCAAGCGUAAGAGGAAGGCCUCCGAAAAGUCGAUGGAGCAAAAGGAAACUGUAGAACAAGAAUCACUUAUGAAAGGACCCGGAACAUUCCCAUUGGAGAGACUACUGGCUAUUUUUCAAUGCAUAACAUCUGUAAUCGAUGUGACGAUUGAUGAGGAGGAACAUGGAGAUGGGUUUCCAACGGAUGGCGGAAACAGCAGCUGGCUCAUGUCUAAUGUUCUAUCGCAGCUAUCGAGUCUGUGUGAUGCUAAUUUCAUAGCCAAAGGGGGAAGCUGCCCCUUGGAAGGUUCAACACGGUAUCGAUGCACCAUUUCUGAAGAUUUUGCUCUGAAGGUAGCUAGAAGCAUCAAGUUUGCUCUGCCAAACUACUUGUGUAGAAGGUAAUCUGAGCGAGGGAAUGGAUAAAGAACUGAGACAACAACCGACCAAAAGGGUUGUUUUCUCUUCUCUGUAGUGGAAUGUCAUUCCAAAGUAGCCGUGGGGUUCGAGGUAUCAGCACAAUCACAUAUGAGUAGACGUGGGCUGGUAGUUGGCUGGCUGAACUUAACUUGGCCUGCUGUGCACUAGCAGUUGGAAGUUGUGGUUCCUUUAUAAUUUGGUAGGUGCUGAGAUCCGUGAAUACUGGUGUACUUACUUGUCAUUACUUCCUUUCACUGGUACGUAAUAGCAGGCACUGCUACCUGCUGCAGUGGCAGAGUUUGUAGAAACAGUAGAACAGUUUGGGCAAGUGGAUGUCUCUGGGUUGGGUUGGGUUGGGUUGGCUAGCCACUUCAAAGCCAAAGAAAGGCCUUUUGCCUUUGUGUUAGUUAGGUGUGGGAUUGGUUGAUGGAAAUGGGAUUUCUGUAUGUUGUUCGAUCGGACCAACUACCUUAUUUGGGAUAAAAAAGGCUUAUUCAGUAUUUUAACCCUAUGGGGUCAAUCCCACUGAUUUUGUCUCGACCAUUCAACUGGCCACCUACUCUAAUCUACUUAUUGUUAAGCCAAACCAUCUACCCCCUUUUAAUCCUAUGAGUUCAUCUAUGUGUAAUAUUU